UAUAGAAAGCAGUUGGGUAUCUCUCCUCUUUUCUUUUCAUAUCGGCUGUUGUGUUGGUUGCCGUGUUUAAGAGGUCCAAACACACAAUCUUAAUUUGUGUAUGAAUGUGUGUGGGAGACAGGACAGAAGGGCCAUUGUACAGGCCUCACGCUAAGAGUUUUGAUAGUAGGGUCCUUUUGAGGUCUUGUGGACCUUAACACCACCUUAAAAAAUGUACACAGCAAUUGUAGAAAAUCUAAAAAGGGAAGCGGUGGUGUGGAGGUUAUAGUGUGUUAUCAUUACUCGACUCUGCGGUUGAUUUAUUAGUGCUGCGAAAGCGCUCCUUGUUCUACCUUAUGUAAGGAUGAAGAAAUAAUGGUGAUGGUCGCGUUGGUAGAAACGGUUUCGGCUCGCGGGAGCUUGCGUAUUAGAUAGGUGGGGCCCAUUCUUUUAAUGACCGACAUGAUGAGUUCACCAUUUAUCGCAUUUCCGUGGGAUUUCCUCCCCACACACACACCGAAAAAAUAAAAUAUUCUCGAAUCGGUAUGUUUAAUCAAUACCACGGUCAAGCAUUAUUAUGGGGUUUAAGUUAUCCCACGAUGUUUUAUCUUCCUGCUUCGUACGAUUUUAUUAUCAUUCUUCUACUUCGAGCUUUCUUAGUCAGUAUGGGCUUUGAAGAUCCGCUUAUCUUUCUGCACUCUCUUCGUUUGGCUCAUGAUCAUUAUGGACGUGUAUGGUUAUCUUUUCGAAAUGAACCACUAACGCCUUUAUCUCAUAUUCGUUUUAAUAGUGAGAGGGGAUCGUCAUAACUGGACUCGCUCCAUUUGCAUUCUAAUAAGAGAGAUGAUGCAUUUUGAUGAAAACACAGCACGACUCGAUUGCCCUUAAUAUCACAAAUUCUUUGUGAUGCUGUUCAACAGCAGUGUAUUCUA